AUGUUGGCGCUCACGCACAACGACCACACUACCCAUGAGCUGACCUUGGCGGUUCUUGGCUGCGGUACUAUGGGAAUCGCAAUCCUUUCCGGCAUCCUGAGCUCCCUGCAGGAAAUGUCCGGCCCCAAGCCGCUGCAGACACCUUCCGGAAGAUCUACGCCCGCAGACGAGGUCCCCUCCCGCCUCCCCUCGCGAUUCAUCGCAUGCGUGCGCCGGCCCGAGUCUGCAAAGCGAGUCAAGCAGGCACUCUGGGAGCACAGCUCCUCCGUCAAGGUCGUCCAGAAGGAGAAUGUCGCUUCGGUCAUGAAGAGCGAGGUCAUCAUCCUUGCUUGCAAGCCCUACAUGGUCGAGGACCUGCUGAACGAGCCCGGCAUGGCCAAGGCCCUCCACGGUAAACUCAUGAUCAGCAUUUGCGCCGGCGUCACCGUACCCCAGAUCGAGAAGAUUUUACACGGUGCCGUCCCCGAGAAGGAUCCGGAGGUCGAUGGACGAUGCAGAAUCGUUCGUGCGCUACCCAACACGGCCAGUAUGGUUCGCCAAGGUAUGACGGUAAUUGCGAAUUCAAACCCACCCUUGCCUGCCCACACCUCAAGCCUUGUAACCUGGAUCUUCAAGCGCAUCGGCGAUGUUAUCUACCUCCCCGCCAAGAACAUGGAUGCGUCAACAGCGCUCGCCGGCUCCGGACCUGCGUUCUUCUCCCUUGUACUCGAAGCCGCUGUCGAUGGUGCAGUGUCGCUGGGCGUGCCGCGAGCGGAAGCUCAGAGAAUGGCAGCUCAGAGCAUGAAAGGUUGCGCUGCUCUGGUUCAGAGCGGGGACCACCCAGCCUUGCUUCGCGAUAGGAUUAGUACUCCGGGCGGAUGUACCAUCGAAGGUCUCUUGGUCCUCGAGGAGGGAAAGGUACGAUCAACCGUUGCCAAAGCAGUGAAGGAAGCCGCCGUCGUGGCCAGCCAGCUUGGAAAAGGCACCUAG